GAUUGAUUUUGAUCUUCCAUUCUGAGAACCAGCUUUCUAAUGUCCGAAGCUGCGUUUGGCUUGCAUUUGCUGUGACCUUGAAUGACGGCCGAGCCGUACAGAAGGUCCGCCGCGGGGGCGGCGGUGCGAGAGGGGGCGUGAGCGUGGGCGUGUCCGCAGGCGGAGCCGGCGCUCAUGUACGACUCCGUGCACGUGUUCGCGGCGGGGCUGGCGGCGCUGGACGCGGGCCACGACCUGCGCGUGGCCAACCUCUCCUGCGAGAGCGAGCUGCCCUGGGCCGACGGGCUCUCGCUCUACAACUACAUCAGCGCGGUGGGCGUGCGCGGGCUGACGGGCCGCGUGGAGCUGGUGGAGGGGCGGCGCACCAACUUCAAGCUCGACCUGCUCAAGCUGAAGCGCGAGCGGCUGAGCAAGGUGGGCGAGUGGACGCCCAGCGCCGGCAUCAACGUCACCGACCUCUCCGCCUUCUACGACACCAGCUUCACCAACAUCACGCUCAUCGUCAUGACCAGGGAGGAGAAGCCGUACGUGAUGGUGAAGGAGAACCGCAACCUGACGGGCAACGCGCGCUACGAGGGGUUCUGCAUCGACCUGCUCAAGUGGAUCGCGGCGCAGGUCGGCUUCCACUACGCCAUCCGCCUCGUGCCCGACCACAUGUACGGCGUCUACGACCCCGCCACCAAGGAGUGGAACGGCAUCGUGCGCGAGCUCAUGGACAAGAGAGCGGAUCUGGCUGUUGCAUCGAUGACCAUUAACUAUGCCCGUGAGAGUGUCAUUGAUUUCACCAAACCUUUUAUGAAUUUAGGAAUUGGAAUUCUGUUUAAGUCGCUGCGCCCGCCGCGCCGCGCCGCGCCGCUCAAGUCAGCGCGCUGCUUGCAGGUGCCCAGCAGCCAGCCGACGCGACUCUUCUCCUUCAUGAACCCGCUGGCCGUGGAGAUCUGGCUGUACGUUCUGGCGGCGUACUUGCUCGUUAGCUUCACGCUGUUCGUGAUGGCGCGCUUCUCUCCGUACGAGUGGAGCAACCCGCACCCGUGCCUCGCCGAGUCGGACGUCGUGGAGAAUCAGUUCUCGGUGUCCAACAGCUUCUGGUUCAUCACCGGCACCUUUCUCCGCCAAGGCUCCGGCCUGAACCCGAAGGUGUCGGAACGCGUGCCGAGUCGCUUGUUCUCGUUCAUGAACCCCCUGGCCCUGGAGAUCUGGCUGUACAUUCUGGCCGUCUACAUUCUGGUGUCGCUCACCACGUGGACGGUGGCGCGCUUCUCUCCGUACGAGUGGCGCUCGCCCGCGUCGUGGCAGGUGUCGGAGCAGCAGCAGCAGCAGCUCCUGCAGGCGCCCUGCUGCAGCGACGACUGCUCCGCAUCCUCGCUCUUCGUGGAGAACGACUUCACGCUCUCCAACAGCUUUUGGUUCGCCAUCAGCACCCUCAUGCAGCAGGGCUCUGACUUCACCCCGCAGGCGACGUCCACGCGCAUCGUGGGCGGCAUCUGGUGGUUCUUCACGCUCAUCAUCAUCUCCUCGUACACGGCCAACCUGGCCGCCUUCCUCACGGUCGAGCGCAUGAUCACGCCCAUCGAGAGCGCCGCCGACCUCGCCGACCAGACCGACAUCUCGUACGGCACGCUCGAGGGCGGCUCCACCAUGACCUUCUUCAGGGAUUCGAAAAUCGGCAUCUACCAGAAGAUGUGGCGCUUCAUGGAGAGCAAGCGGCCGUCGGUGCUGGUGUCGUCCUACGACGAGGGCAUCCGCCGCGUGCUGGAGGGCAACUACGCCUUCCUCAUGGAGUCCACCAUGCUCGACUACGCCGUGCAGCGCGACUGCAACCUCACGCAGAUCGGCGGCCUGCUCGACUCCAAGGGCUACGGCAUCGCCACGCCCAAAGGCUCUCCGUGGAGAGACAAAAUCUCGCUGGCCAUCCUGGAGCUGCAGGAGAAGGGCACCAUCCAGCUGCUGUACGACAAGUGGUGGAAGAACACGGGCGACGUGUGCCACCGCGACGAGAAGAGCAAGGAGUCCAAAGCCAGCGCGCUGGGAAUCGAGAACAUCGGAGGAGUCUUCGUCGUUCUUCUCUGUGGACUGGCGUUAGCGAUCUUGGUCGCCAUUUUGGAAUUUUGUUGGAAUUCGAAAAAGAAUGCUCAGACUGACAAGGCCCACCCCACUUAUGUGUACGUGCACCACGAGAAACCUAGUAGGAGCUCAGGAGGCGGAAUGCCGGAGAAACAACUCAACUGCCUUAGAUACCCCAAUCCUUGCUCCAAAGAUCAUCACUCCUUCCCUGAUAUGUGUGCACCCAGAGUAACCUACUGA